CUAACCCCUCUCCUCUCGCGCCGGCGCCAUGACGCUCCUCGCCGCCAUCACCAACUCCGCCGCCGCCGCCGCCCCCGCCCCCGCGACCAACGCCAUCGUCCUCACUCCCGGCGCCGCUCCGCCGCCUCCGACCUCCUCCGCGCUCCCCACCCUGAUCCCGCCCUCCGACUGGUCGCUCUCCCCCGCCGACCCGGCCCUCGCCACCGCCGCCUCCUUCCUCUCCACCUCUCUCUCCUCCGCCUCCGUCUCCCUCCCGCGCUUCCGCUCCCUCCUCGGUUCCUUCCUCGCCGCCCUCUCCAGCUCCCUCUCCCUCCCCGAACCCUCCGCGAGCCUCCCGCAGGCCAUCCGCUCCAUCGCGCCCUACUUCCCCGCCGCCCUCGCCUCCCCCGUCGCCUCCCGAGCGUCGAGCCUCGCCGAGUAUGACGUGCUUCUCGCCCUCGUGGACUGCGGCCUGCUCCGCCACCCCCCGCCGAACAUCCUGUCGUCGCUCUCCGAGGCCAACCGCCCCGAUCUCGUCUGCGCCGUGGUCCGACAGGCCGCCGACCUCCGCUCCUCCGAGCUGCUUGCGACACUCCGCUUCUUCCUCUCCCCGGCGUCCGAUGGCGCCUACGACGCCAUGAUGAGUAUCAAGGAUAGGUGGAAGGAAGCCGCGGUGCUAGCGGUCAACAGGUGCAGGCAGGGGAAGAAGGCCGAUGCCACGGCAAGGCAGGCAGCGCUGCUGCUCAUGAUGGGAUACGAUGGGUUCACCUCCCCAGAGGUGUGCCUGCAUUACCUGUUUGCGUCUGGGAAUGUGGACUCCAUGGUAUUCGGCACAGCCGUAGCGGAGCUGGAUGGUGGGGAGGUGGCCAGGCUUAUGAAGUACCUCGCCAAGUGGAUAGGGAAGUACCAGAGGUUCCCGGAGGCGCAGCCGUGCCCAGAGGCUGUGGGGAUGCCAGGGCUGGAGCUGUGUGAUGCUGUGCCCUCAUUUCAGGUGGUGGCCAUGGCACUAGGAUUGGUGUUGGAUCAGCACUUCUCCCACCUUGUGCUGAAUGCAGAGUUGAAAGAGGAUUUGAAGACCACGGAGAUGAUGGUGAAACAGCUGGCUGCAGAGGCUGAAUCUGCAGGACCUGUCCUGGACUUGCUUCGUCGUUUGCAGCAAGAUGUGUGAGACAUUAAAAUGUGGCCCCAAAAAUUUGUUUACUGAUGUUGGCUGUUAUGCUGAUGUCUGAGAAAUUUGAUUGUUUUACUGCAUUGCAGUGAUGAGUUAUGUGCUCUAGUAUCUAAAAAUAUCAUAGGGUAUGGUACAUGUUCUGUUUGGAAGCCAACAUGUCUUCAGAGUGAUGUUACUAUGCUGCUAGCUAGAUUGUCACUUGGUUGGUCUCUUGUGCAAUGCACUAAUGCCCGCUGACCAUGGCUAGUUGAACCAAUGAGUAAAAGCACCAUGUACGAAUGCAAAUUCAAAUGUGGUGUGUUAGUUAGCUUUCUGAUA